GCCAUCGUGCCCCCAGCCUGGCUCAGCAAGGAAGGCAGGAGGCAAGAGGAGGUGGGUUGGUCAGACUGAAAGGGGAAAAGUGAAGAGCCAGAGCAACCUGCACAAGGAGAGACAGGACUUCUGCAUACAAUAACAUAGCUUCAAGCCAGAAACCACCAGUUCUUGGGCACAAAGACUCAGCCUGCUUUCUUACCCACAUUCAAAAAGCAAAAAAGGAAACCCAGACCUGCAGGUCUUUUGCUCCCCUUGCACACCAUUCCUUUGCACAUGCUGGAUCUGGGCUCUUGGCACACCUUGCCCCUCAUCAACUCCAUGCUGAUCUUGCUGUUUGUCCUGCUGGCUCCUGCCAGGGUUACUGGCUGUAGCAAGGGGGAAGUUGACAGGGAGCUCAUCCUGGCCAAAGUCAAGGGGCAUUUCCUGGAGUUCCUUGGUCCUGUUCCACAAACGGAAAAGCUCCAGGCAGGACGGCGAAGGGGGCUCCACAGACGGCAUGCCUCAAGCACAUCAGUCACCCUGAAGUGGGAGGAAGAGGACAUAUCCCAAGUGAUCACCUUCCCAUCCAGGGAUGUGACCUGUGGGCCACCUCAGCCUGAUGAGUUUCCAGAAGAGGCAGGCCUUUUUACCUAUGUCUUGCAGCCCUCCACACACACCCUGAGUCGUAUGGUGACUUCAGGCCAGCUGUGGUUCUACACAGGACCAGUGACAGUGCAAAGCAGCAGCCCUUCAGAAGCAUCCUCCAACACCUCCAUGCCCGAAGCAGAGAUCCUAAAGCUGUCAGAGCAAGGCUGGGAGCCUGUGGCAACGAUGGCAGUGCCAGCUGCAGAAGGCUGGACAGUGUUUCAUUUCGGGACUUCCUUCUUGCCCUACAUUGCCCAGAAGAUAUUUGUGUUGAUGGUUCGUUGCCCUGGCUGUCCAUGUGGAUCCGAUGCUGAAAAGAUACCUUUCCUUGUGACAUCUACCAACCCUAAGGGCCAUGAUCGGGCCCGGCGUGCCUUCAGACCCGGGUCACCAGCUCUUCUCCGCUCGCUCCAGCGACCUUCAGGUGACGCUGAAGUCCAUGCCAACUGUCACCGGGCUUCCCUCAACAUCUCCUUUGAAGAACUGGGUUGGGACAAGUGGAUUGUGCAUCCUACCAGCUUCAUAUUUCACUAUUGCCAUGGGACCUGCCCUGAAAACCACGUUCUCGCACACAAGUCUGGCUUCAAACUCUGUUGUGCAGCAUUGCCAGGCACUAUGCACUCCUUGAGGGUACGCACCACUUCAGAUGGUGGCUACUCCUUCAAGUAUGAGACAGUGCCAAACAUCCUCACCCAGGAUUGUGCCUGCAUGUAGCAAAGACCCAGAUCCAAAGGACCAAUGCACUCCUGAAGAUAAACGAGACUCUUUUGCCCAGUUCAAUUCACUGUAGCAACUCAGCAAGUAUUCUCUCUGGUUGGUAGGCUUAUGACCGUCCCAUGUCAAAAACAUGCACCCUGAACCUGAUUUUGACUAGAAAAGUGUUCCUUUUUAAGUGUUGCCUAGUCUGUAACUUAUCUAGUAUAAAAGAGUACUUCAUCCAAAAUAGAUGUAGCCAUCUAAGUUUGUGGUUUCUUAGAUAGACCUGUCACAUGUUUUCUUGUCCUUCAGGUCACAAUUGAGGACAGAUAUGCAAUAUGGAACAGAAACUGCUUAAUUAUUUCACUUAGUUUUUAUGCAAUGUUCCCCAAACUGCUAUCACACAGAGCAGCAGCCUUAACCAGUCUGCUGUCCAAAUGUGCUGGACUCCAUCACCCAUGAACCAGAGCAGUGUUUGUGCUGAUAUUUAACAUAUCUCAGGAAGUGGGUUGAAAAAGGCUAUAUUAUACAAUCUCAUUUAUUUUUAGUGUGAGAAAACCAAUUUUGAAUGUAAAAGCAACAGGGCAAUAAAAGAUCUCCUAAGUUGGUUUUUGUCAAAAUGCUAAAGGCUCUAUAAAAUCCCAUAAACAAAGCCAGGUAUCUUUAUCACGAUCUAAAUAAAAGUUUGUUGUAUCCUUCAAGACCAAUUUCCUUGGCUUUCUGCUCACAGCAAGAGACAUACACAUCGAGAAUCCCACAGCAAAAAACCUUUCCCUCUAAUAUUCAGUUGUAACCGGAAACAUUUAGGGCAGAAAGAAGCUGUAUAAUAGGAUUAGUGGGUUUUCUAUCCAGUAGUUGAGGCUCAUGGCUCCUUGGGGAUAGCAUGCAGAAUCUAUCAAGAAUACAUGGAAGCAAUGAUCAUGAAUACAAUCACAAAGAGCAGGCAUAGCCCAGUUUGAGACCAACUCAGUUCAAUCUAGCAAUGGUAAUCAACAAAGAUCAUUAUCGGAUAGACAUUUUGGCUGUGGAAGGCAAUUUUAGCUCAGUAGCAGAACUGUUGAAAUUGCAGGGGAAAGGUGAGGGCAGUGACACAACUCAUAUUGCUGACUAAAGUGUUCAAGAUGGGAUAAAGGCAACAAGAUGUAUCAGAUAUCUUCCAGUACUGCUGUCUGCAACCACUGAAUGCCAGUAAUCAGAACAUGGUGUGAUAGCCAGGAUGUAGGAGUUCUCUUGCUUUGUUAAACUUGUUCUGUAAUCAACAGUUUUAAACCAUAGAAGGCUAUUCAGAAAGUGUUUUGAAAACAUUGUAUGUUAAAUAAACAUUGUUGGAUUUUUUAAAAUAAAAAGAUUGUUUGGAAACUCAAAUGAUGCCUUUGCUAGGACAGCCUGUACUCAUUUGACUCAUCUAAACACAGUACCUUG